AUGCUUGCAGAUUAUACGCGAUCUCAUAACUUAUCACCACGGGCACUGUCAAGCUACAGCGGUAGUGCAGUACCUCAUUCCUUAUCUUCAGCAGUGUAUCAGGGAACUUAUUCCGCAUCUGUUAGUGCUUCACCAGCUGCACAGUUUCUCAAUGCUCCAUCUAGUUUUGCACCAUUUGGAGCAGUAAACCCAUUUGCAGCAGCAUCAUUUCAAACAACAGCACGACUAACUUGA